AUGACGGCUACACCCAUGUUGCCACCAAACUUAGGACCUGGAGAUGGAAAUGCUCCAACAGCUCCGCUUCCACCAGAGACAGACAUGACCGGGAUAUGCUUCAGGGAUCAAUUAUGGUUAAACACAUACCCACUUGACCGCAAUCUUGUCUUUGAUUACUUUGCAUUUUCUCCUUUCUAUGAUUACACAUGCAACAAUGAACAACUCAGGAUGCGCUCAAUUCACCCUUUAGACAUCUCUCAUCUUUCUAGAAUGAGAAUGACCCAGAUCACGCUCAAGGGAACGUGCUCGGGAUUAUGA